CAGUAGAGCUGAGAGAUUCGACCUUGCUCUUCCGUAUCUGUACCAUGAUCGUCACUCGAAGAUAAAAGGAAAGCUCCGUGGAAUAAUGGACUACAUCCUCCUCUUCUACUUGAACCUUGUUCUGUUCUGUUCGUGCUCCUCUUCGCUGCCGAAUUUCGUCCUCCUUUUCGCAGAUGAUUUGGGCUUCGGGGACCUGGGAUGUUACGGACAUCCUAGUUCACUCACUCCAAACCUGGAUCGUCUGGCGGCAGAGGGACUCCGGUUUACUGACUUCUACUGCACCAGCCCGGUCUGCAGCCCGUCCAGGGCGUCAUUGUUGACGGGGCGCUACCAGACCCGCUCAGGUGUCUAUCCAGGGGUGCUGUACCCAGGCUCUAUAGGUGGCCUUCCUCUGAAUGAGACCACCAUUGCUGAAGUGUUGAAACCUCAGGGCUAUGCUACUGCUGCUGUAGGGAAGUGGCACUUAGGGUUUGGUGCCAACGGGAAGUUUCUCCCAACCAGGCAGGGGUUUGAUGAGUAUCUAGGGAUCCCCUACUCCCAUGACAUGGGCCCCUGUUGGAACCUGACUUGUUUCCCUCCUGAUGUGAAGUGUUUUGGAUUGUGUGAUGUUGGCACCGUAACUGUUCCACUGAUGCACAAUGAGAUCAUCAAGCAGCAACCAGUCAACUUCCUUGAUCUGGAAAGGGCAUAUAGUGACUUUGCUACCGGUUUUAUUUUAACAUCAGUCAAGAAAAAACAGCCUUUCUUUCUCUACUAUCCCUCCCAUCACACCCACUACCCCCAGUAUGCAGGUCCUGGGGCAGCAGGGAGGACUUCAAGGGGUAAAUUUGGAGAUGCGCUGUUGGAGUUUGACAACACAAUAGGAAACCUACUGGCAGCCCUGGAGAAGACAGGUGUUAUCAACAACACACUCAUCUUCUUCACUGCAGACAAUGGCCCUGAACUGAUGCGAAUGUCCCGUGGAGGUAAUGCUGGCCCUUUAAAAUGUGGAAAAGGAACAACAUAUGAAGGAGGCAUGAGAGAGCCGGCCAUCGCUUUCUGGCCUGGGACCAUCAGGCCAGGUGUGACUCAUGAGCUAGCCAGCACUCUUGACAUCCUCCCUACAUUCGCAAGUUUGGCAGGAGCUACACUUCCCCAAGUGAUGCUGGAUGGGGUUGAUAUGACGGAAAUGCUUGUCCAUCAAGGAAAGAGCAAGAGGGAGACAAUGAUGUUUUACCCUACAGAUCCAAGUGAAAAGUAUGGCCUGUUUGCCCUCAGGUUAGGAAGGUACAAGGCCCACUUCUACACUCGAGGUGCUACACAUAGCGGCACUACUCCAGACCAGGACUGCCCAGUAUUUGCAGUCCUGAAGGCCCACGACCCCCCUCUUGUUUUUGACCUGGAGGCUGACCCCUCAGAACACUACCCCCUUUCUCUGGGAGAGAGACCUGACCUCCAAGCCCUGCUAGAGAAGAUAAAUAAGGUGAAGGAGAAGUUUGAGGCCUCCAUGGUGUUUGGAGAGAGCCAGAUCUCAAAAGGAGAAGACCCGGACUUGGAGCCUUGCUGUGAUCCUCAGUGCACCCCCAGACCCAGCUGCUGCCAUUGCUGAUGGGAAAGAUUUCUUAAUGAUGACAAGUUGGGGAAUGUGGAGUAAUUGCACUAAUAUAAAGAAAGUUAAGCUUUGUUUACAGUUCAUACUGAAAUGUAAAAUAACAAUCGAUUUGUUCCCUCAGUGAGGGGGCUGUUUUCUUAACGUACCAUUGCUUUAAGUGGACUGGUGCUCAGUGGCACACAUUACUGACGCUUCUAAAUUUUAUCCUUUGGUGUACUGGGGCUUCUUCCAGUGUACUGGGACUUCUCACCACUUGCCAGUUACCAGAGUGUACAGCUUUUAUGGAUGAUUUGUGAUCAUCUCUCUGAACAAAUCCAGGUAAACUGACCAGACACUGUGUUUGAAGAAAACAGGAGUAAAACCAUUUACCUCUUGGACAGUCCAGUACUAGACUAGACACAGUACGCAAGUGUUUGCACCUCCGCCCAGGAGACUGAUUCUUAAUUAACACCUGUUCCCUACAAGUUGUCAACAAUAACAAUCACGUUAUUCAAAAUGAAGAUCCAGACCGUUGGUCAAAGGAUCAUGGACAGUAUUUUUGCUCAGAGAACAACUAGCUCAUUGGCAAAGACAAAAAGUCUGGUUGUAUGCUGGCAAAGUCACUUCACAAACCCAGCUAGAGGCAUCAGGCUGCAGACCUCUAUGGUGGGACGUUUUGGGCUCAUCUGUUGCAGACAUCUACAAUGGAGCAACUUUGACAGUGGGGUGGGAACUGGGAAGUGAUAUAGCUGUGGUUUGUUAUUUUAAUUUUAUCUCCCUCCCCUUUACUCUAACCCUAACCUUAAGGGUUUGGGUGUCUAACCUUAACCCUCUUUGGGGUUUUUCCUUAGCUUGUGGUGUGUUAAAUUUAAAUGUAUCCCCCUCAGUAAAUUUCAGAUUUUUAUUCAUAAACUUCUGCUGUUGUAAAAAAAAAAAAAAAAAAAAAAAAGUCACUUACCAUAACCUCUAACAGCGAGCAGAAAAUAUACGUCAUUCAGUACGUCAUUCUGGUUCUGGCUUUGGUAAUGUAAGUCACUUCCUGUUGCACGGUCAAGGUCACCUUAUUGUAGAGGUCUGCAGCCAGAUCAUCUUCAACACAGCAGGGACUCAUGGUUUUGGUGAGUGGAGGAGUUUUUUAAUCUCUACAUUUGAUGCUGACAAGGUAAAACUGCAAAAUUCACUGCAUAAGAUGUUGGCAUUAUUUAGGAUCCUUCUUAUUUUUUAGAUAUACAGUAUAAUUUUUUUUUUGUUUUAUUUUGUCAUUUUUAAUUUCAUACAAUGGUUUAUUUACAAAGAUUAUAUGGGUGCUUUUGCCUUAAUUUGGAGAGGACAGGACAGUGGAUAGUAUCAUUUUAUUUGUCUUAGUUUAUUUAAAGAACUUUACUGUUAAAUACUUUGUCCCCCCACCACCACCAACAUGUAGUUUACUUGUUUGUAAUUUUCUCUGUCCUGACACUGAGCAGCUGGCUGUUAAUAAAAGUGCCAGUGUGACAUUUGAUCCAUGAGAAUUGGACUUAGAAGUUAUUGUUUUUGUUAUCUCUUUUUAGAUUAAAAAAAUCAAAAUACACAUCAUAUAUUACAGUUCAGCUAAAAAAACAGAGAUGUUAUUUUUAUUCCAUAUCAGCCAAAUGAGCCCAGCUGAUUAAGGGGAGUGCUGGCACUGGUUUUAUUCCACUUAAAGCAUUGGUUUCUAUAGAAUAAAUGGAGAACGGAUGUGUUUCCUGACUUGCAGUGUUGGAGUACAUUUUUAAUUAUUUCAUUUUUAAUCUUAUAUUUUGAUGUGGAUGUGUGGAUUUUUACUUCUUACAUGGCAUUGCAAUUUUUUCAAGAUAAAACACAACAAUCAAUAGUAAACAAUACAGACACAAUCAAACUUUUGGACAUCAAGCAUAUAUUUUAUUCAUAAGACCAAACCCAUGACAAGGCAGAGUGAUUUUUUUGUCAUUUUUUUCAUUUUUACCCUGGAAUUUUACAAGUCCUUGUUUUUAAAGAUACAAGAUAGGAUAUGUUUGUUCUGUCACAUACUGUUUUCUCUAGGUAUACAGUGAAGAAUCUUGUUAAUGUAAUAAAGUCAAAAUUUAGCUUUAACUGUUAAUGUAUGUCUCAGCGGCUAUAUGGGACUUGCUCAUCCUCAGAGGUUGUUUUUGUGUAGCUUUGUGGAGGGACAGGUUUGUAACUAGGCUGUAAUGAGAUAGAAAAACAAAAGAAUCAGAAGCAGAUAAAUACAGAUCAGAGACAGGUCACGCUGUCAGAGCUCAGAGGCGAUUACUAUAAUCGGCAAGUCGCGGUAAUAAGUUUCAAGUGGCAGCUGACUCAGUCACUAUUCAGCUCUAACAGCAGAUUGGUCGGUUUUCUGGUGGGUGUGUCACACAUUGAUGUCACUGCUCACAAAUGUGUCCUAAAUGUGCUGCUGAAGCCUGUGUGCGAAGAGUUAAUGGAGUUAGAAACCAAAACGCCACAUGUGACGGAUACUGAGAAAACAUCCUGUGUGGAAACAAGACACUUGAAUAAAAUGAUAGAUCACAGAUAUUUAUGUGAUUUUCUUUUCUUUCCGGGGAUGUUGUCUGGUUGUAGUCUUUUUUUAAAACUUCUUUUAAAUGUACAUAUUCAUUCAUUUCAUAACAUACUCAACAUAAAGGACACAGCACUAUUUUAGAUUUGCUAUUGUAUAUACAUGAUCUAACUGACAGCGAUACAUAUGUAAAGAACCCCUAAUUAGCCACCUGCCAUAACAGUGACACUGAAAACCUGCAGAUCUGAGGUGUUUCUUCUGGUGAACUGUGACUGAAAGCAGCCAAACACAAAGCUAAACAUUGUGUAAAGGAACAUGGCAGAUGGCAAUUGUGACUGCAUCAUUCUUUAAAAUGCCCCCUCCUCUGUAAGGUGCGUAAAAGUAAGCAUUCAAAUGGCACAGCAACGCCAACAAAGGUUGUGGUGUUGUGUAGGAAUGAUGCUUAAAUUUUUGGGAUAACAAAAGCAGUAAAUAAUAUAACCAUCCCUUGUAUCCAUCAUAUUAAAAAUCAAAAGUCUAACCAUUUACAUAACUAUAAAACCUCCCUUUUUAUGCUUUACAAAAGACUGAGGACAUGUGGUACCAGGACUGAGCAAGGACACUCUCAUUUACUCUUAGGCAGUCCUGUCUUUCCAAACUUCCAUGUCAAAAAAGAGAGAGUAGGGUGCCAGUGAAAAUCAGAGUUAAACAGUCAGAGAAUAUGUGAGAAUAUGGCUUUUCAGAGCGCCUUAACCUUCUUUAACCUGACAGUCCCGUCAGUCAUAGCAAAGCAGAUGGUGAUUUGUGAUUUAAACAGCUGAAUGAUUUCCUACGAAAGUUCCCCACGAUGAAGGUCAGCAAGCAGUGCGAUUUUUGAGGACUGAAUAAUGAAAGUAAAACAUUUCUGUCAUUACAUCCAAAUGUGCUGACAGUAGCUGCACCUUAUCCAAGCUGAAUAAAAUAUCUACGGGGCUAAUGACAUUCAAAGGUCAUACCAAGUCAUUACACCUCCAAAAUCUCUUACAUCUGCUCCAACAUUAACAAAACCCCUCCUGCAGUCUCAGCUGUGUGUUUGUUAAUUAGUUUGGAUGAAGCGCCUGUAUGUCUACUUUCUAUACAUGUAUUUACAACACACACUACGCAACACAGGGGUAAGCUUGGACCAAGGACGGUUCACUGUACUCUCUCUACUUUGCUCCAAUGUCACUAUCAGUAGAAAUCAAAGAAGCAGUUUAUCAAUAUUGAACAAAUACAUAUUUACAGUAAAUGAUCCCACACCAUUCCCUAACUGAUUGUUGAGCUGCUUGCCAUUCUCUAGGAUAUGUGUAUUUCUGUGUCUCUGUGUGCAGUUACCCUACUAGCCAUGCAUUGAAAAGUGAAACAGCAGUAGUAGGUAUAUUGUUUUUCAUUUCAAAAGAGGAACCCUUUAAAUAAACAGGUGCUCAGCGUCUUAGUUUUCAUAUCAUAGAAAAAGAUAAAAGAAACAGGCAAUCGAUCCAUCAAGAUGAUGGAAAUAAACAAAGAGAAAAUGAAUGAAUGAAUGAAAUCAGUCAAAUGCCAAGCGUACUGUAGAAAUGAAGAUCCCAGUUUAGAGGAGUAUUUUACAA